CUCGGUCGGGCUCCGUCAGUCGGUUCAGUCAGCGGUGUCGGCCGGACCAUGGUAAAUGGCCAUGUACUACUACGCCACGAGGUGGUUCUCCGAGCGCAGUCUGGCACCCCCGCGGAGGCACCGCAGCCGCCAGCAGCAGCAGCCGCCUCCGCCGCAGACACCUAGUGCCGCCUCCACGCCGCCCCCAUCGCCCCAACAGCGGCCACCAGUUGCCAAACCAAAAUCCAAACCAAAAAAGAGCGAAACUGCCUCCUCCUCGAGUAACCAACCUUCUUCCAAAUCGCCGUCGCCACAGCCGCCGUCUGCCGAGACCCAAAAUCCGCCGAUUUACGAGCAGGCGAACGGCCCUCUUGACCCGCUUCUGGCCAAAAUGGUGCCCAAGGACGACUACUUUCCCGACAGAGCCUUUCUGUUCGCCUUCCUCCUCUCGGCGCGCCUUUUCGUCCAGCCGCACGAGCUGCUCAGACGGAUCUCCCGACUUUGCGAGCCAAAAAAAGGCUCCUCGGCGGGCCACUGGGUGCGACUGCUGGCCGAGUGGACCGCGGCCUUUCCGUACGACUUCCGAGACGAACGGGUCAUGGCCCAGGUGCGUCAGCUGACGCAACGCUGCGUCACUCAGGAGCCGCACCGCCGCGUCCAGGUGUCCCUCCUGCUGCAGACCCUCCUCGAGAGACUCACCAGCGCCGAACAGUACGAGCAGUUUGUCCAGAAAUCGGCCGCCUCAAAGGUCGACUCGCUGCAAGACUUGCAACUGCCAGACUUCGAGGCGUCGAGCGGAGGCCCCGUGCGGAUGGCGCGCGCCCUCGCCGCCCUUGAACUCGAACGUCUCUCCUUCGUCGGCCCUGAGGAGUUCGUGCAGACCUUCGCCAGGGAGGCGCCGCACCUCGCCCAGGCACCUUUCAGAGACGCAAAACGCACCAGCACCAAUUUGGAGAAUUACGCAGACUGGUUCGACCGACUCGCCGCCCUUGUCGCCACCCACGUUUUGAAGCACUCGGAGGCCGCCGACCGCAGCAAGGAAAUCGAGUUUUGGACGCGCGUCGCCCACGAGAGCGUCCACAUCGGCAAUCUCAACUCGGCGAUGGCCGUCGUGGCCGCCUUCGAAGCCAUCGCCCAGCCCACUCUGACCGACGCGCUGUCGGAAGGGCAGUCGGUGGAGCUGGACGAUCUGCGUCGGUUGUCGAAGGACGACGAGUUCUACAAGACGACGAUGGCCGCCGCAGCCGCCAAGGCGAAGAAGGAGCGACAGACGGUGGUUGUGCCCUGUUUCAGCAUCAUCCUCAGGGAGCUGUUCGCCCUCAAUCGUAGUUGCUGUGAAAGGCUGCCAAAUGGCCAGGUGAACUUUGACAAAUUCACCGAGCUAGCCGAGAAGAUGAGCGAAUUGAUGGUGUGGACGCGGGCCAAGUGCCCAUUUGAGAAGGACCAAGGCUUGUCUCUGCUUUUGCAGACCUCGCCCGUGCUCAGUCCCAAAGGUCUGGAAGAAGUUUCCUCGGCGCUGGAAAAAGGAGCAAAGUGAUCGACCCUGGAAACCAAAAUAAUUAUGUGCCUGAACCCUUGAGAGUGUGUGAAUUUUAGCGUUUAGGACAAGCGGUGUGAACAUACGGGAGACAGAAGAUGAGAAUUGUUUUAACCACGAAUUAAUAAAUUUAACA